UUACAUCGGGGGGCAAUAAUACUGGUCACUUGAUACUUUAAAACCGUCGGUAGUUACUAUCAUUUGUUUCCGAUACUCAGGAUAAGCUUUCGAUCAAUCGGUCUGGCAGGCAGGCAAUACAUGUAAGAAACAUAAACUAGAGAUAAAAAACAUUUCAAACCAUGAGAUCGCUAUAUAUGAUAAAAUCUUAAAGUCUUAUUGAAUUCAUGAUUAUUUAUGGUUAGUCGCAAGAAACUAUGACAAAGUUUAUAGCGGAAUUUACUAGCCCGUAGAGGAUUGAACGCUGCCAGUGGAAUUUGAAAACCACUUUCUCUAGCCUGCGAGCGUAGAAAGCUUUCCUGCAUUUUAAUAGGCACACAAGAGGCGAGUAGGUGGAGAAGGGGGCUUGGAAGAAGAGAGAGGAAGAAACACUUCCUGGCAGACACCAUGAUUCUGAAAAACUCCUACCGACUUUUCACUGUUGAGUUAAUUCACGGAGUGAUAGCCUGUAAAGAAAUCACCGCCCCGGUAAACUAAAUUAUAGUUUAAUAAAGCGAAACUGCAUGUGGUUCGGACAUAGUCCUUUCUAUUUAUAUUUCUACUACAUACAUAGCUACCAAUGAGUCACAUGUCUAUAAGAACUGAUUAUGUUCAGUGUUUUACACUGUCUUUCGUUCAGCGCCUUCUGAAUAAUCAUUAACAGCGUGAAAUUAUGCUUAUACCAGACAGACAUGACUGAGGAGCCUGUGGAUGCCUUCGUCAAUACAGCCAACGAUGUCUUUCAACAAGCCGGUGAUAUAAAACAGACCCAGCAAAAUUCUUCAGAAAUGUUGGAUAUUGAUGAUUUCAACACUGUCGACGUCAGCAGCUUUGAGAUUCAGCCAACGUUCAUGAAAUUCCUUGAACAGGCGUACAAGAACAAGCUUCGAGAAAUAGAAGAAGCACAUGGCGUGAAGAUCAUCCGCAAUGAAAACGCAACCCAGGUGCAAAUACAUUCAAGUGAAAUAUUAAACAAUCCACAUAGCUACCAAGAAGGAUGCGAUGCUUUCAUUGAUCUUUACCAAAAGCUCUUUCCGAAUGUGAGCUUGGAAGUGAUUGACCUAAAAAGUGCAGACGAUAAAGCACUUAUCAUCGAGGCGAUUAAGGCUAUAGAAAGUGAAAAUCCGGUGAUCAUUGAAAUGAGGAGAGAUAACAAGUUACAGGUCUUUGGGGAAAGAAAUAACAUUACCAGUUCUGUACAAGCCUUAAAGGAAAAGCUUGGAUCACUGCAAGGUGGUAGCCGAAAGACUAGACAUAGUCAAAGAAAUACUAAUCUCAGUGCUCGCGAACCCCAGACUUCCCAGGAAGAUCGAUUCUCGGUAUUACAGCAGCUUCUAAUACAUGGGGUGAAGUUCUCCCUGUACCAAAGAGAUAUAACUGACGAGCGAGUGGAUGCCAUUGUCAACGCGGCAAACCAUGUCCUUCAGCACGACGGUGGUGUGGCAGCUGCAAUAGUGCGAAAAGGAGGUCGUCAGAUUGAAGAAGAGUCCAGACAAAUAAUGUUGCAUAGAAAUAAUAGGCCGCUUAACGAAGGCGACGCUGUGUAUACCAAGGGUGGCAAUCUCUCUUGUCGAUAUGUCAUACACACAGUUAGUCCGAGAUGGAAUGACCAUUACAGACAAAGGAAUAUUUCACUUCUUCGCCGAGCAUGCAUGGAAAGCCUCUGUCUUGCAGCAGAAUUGAAGCUUUCUUCCAUUGCCCUUCCAGCAAUAAGCUCUGGAAUUCUUGGCACACCAAAAAGCAUUUGCGCCCAAGUGAUGUUUCAAGCAGUGGAGGAAUUUAGCUCAAAUACUGACCCCAAAUUCAGCACUCUCCGUGACGUGCGUAUUGCUAUCAUUGACGACGAAACAAUUAACGUCUUCCGUGAAGAGUUUGUGAAACGCUACACGUAUCAAGAAACGUCACCAUCAACCAAAGGCUCUCCUUUGAAGGAACGUUCUGAGGUGUCAAACGUAGCUCCUUCAGCUAAACCAUUGUCUGGAAGGGGAAGAGGCAUUUGUGCAACUAGUUUCUAUGGCAGACCAUACGAAGAAGUAGGAUCUAAGCCAAGUGGUAGCAUCCAAUUAGCUAACACAGGUGGAACAAAGAGUGCAAACGCUGUAAGAGGGUUAAAAGAGUAUGUGAAACGCUACACUUCUCAAGAAACGUCACCAUCAUCCAAAGGCUCUCCUUUGAAAAAACGUUCUGAGGUGUCAAACGUGGUUACUUCAGCUAGACCAUUGUCUGGAAGGGAAAGAGGCAUUUGUGCAACUAGUUUCUAUGGCAGACCAUACGAAGAAGUAGGAUCUAAGCCAAGUGGUAGCAUCCAAUUAGCUAACACAGGUGGAACAAAGAGUGCAAACGCUGUAAGAGGGUUAAAAGAGUAUGUGAAACGCUACACUUCUCAAGAAACGUCACCAUCAUCCAAAGGCUCUCCUUUGAAAAAACGUUCUGAGGUGUCAAACGUGGUUACUUCAGCUAGACCAUUGUCUGGAAGGGAAAGAGGCAUUUGUGCAACUAGUUUCUAUGGCAGACCAUACGAAGAAGUAGGAUCUAAGCCAAGUGGUAGCAUCCAAUUAGCUAACACAGGUGGAACAAAGAGUGCAAACGCUGUAAGAGCUCCAAGAAAUCCCAUCGUAAAUAAUACAACGCCUGUGAUCGAGAAGAAGAUGGAAGAAGCUGGGCUUGUAAACACAAGUGAAAUACCUACUGAAAAGCAAGAUUCUAAACAAAUGAAACAAGGCAGCGGCGAAAAUAACAACUGGCCUCAAGUACAAAGUGAUGUUGCGCAGGUGCUUCAAGCCCUUGAUGACGAAAAACGUGCUAGUAAUAUCGGAGAACAGGAAUUAAGGCUGAAGGAAACAGAUUUGGUAAGAACAUUAAAGGGCAAUUUACGUGAAGAGCAGCAAGCUAGAACAAGAGUGCUGGAGGAAUUAAGUCAGGCGAGGAUUGCUUGUAACGAGCUGCAAGGAAGAAUGCAAAAUGAACUCGCGCAGAUUCGUCAAACGCUCGAAAACGAGAUACGUUUACGCGACACAAGGGAGCGGCAACUAAGAGAAAAGGAAACGAUUGUAGAACAACUACAGUAUACGUUAAGCGAAGAGCAGCGCGUGAGAACAAAGUUGGAAGAAAGAUUGCAAGUUGAAAUGCUGUCAAGUCAAGCUCGUCAACAAGAGUUUCAGAUUAAAGAGAAUGCUUCGAGAGAGCAACAGCGUCUUUUGGAAGAAGAGCGCCAACAGAAGACAGCUCUGGAAGAAAGGCUAAGAGACAAGGAAACGAUUAUAGACCAACUACAGAACACGUUAGGCGAAGAGCAGCAAGUGAGAACACGAUUGGAAGAAAGAUUACAAACUGAAAUGCUGUCAGGUCGAGUUCGUCAACAAGAGCUGCAGACGAAAGAGAGCGCUAAUAGAGAACAACAGCGUCUUUUGGAAGAAGAACGCCAACAGAAGACAACUUUAGAAGAAAGGCUAAGAAGCCUGGAACUUCAGAUGCAAGAAGAAAGGAACAGGUACUUGUCCAACGAAGGAGAGUUGCAAUCAGCUGUUACUGCGGCCCAAGAGGAACUGGCUGAGUAUCAGCGUCGCCAACCACGUGACUGGAUUAUCCGACGCGAGGAAGUUCUUCCGAGUGCCAGAGUUUUGGGCAAAGGGGCCUGGGGCGAGGUACGUGAAGGCACAUUUCGUGGUUGCCAAGUUGCUGUUAAAGAAAUUCACGAGGUCAUUCUUUCAGCUCAUAAUCGUAGACUGUUUGAACGAGAAAUGAACAUUGCGUCCUGCUGUCGCCAUCCGAAUCUUUUACAGUUUAUUGGCGCCACUAACGAUGAUGGCAAUCCUUUGUUUGUCACGGAAAUACUAGACACCAGUUUACGGCGCUUGUUGUCCGAGCGAGCAUUAAAUGACGAGGAGAUUGUCAGUCUUGCCUUGGACGUCGCUAAAGGGUUAAACUACCUCCACUUUAAUAGACCGCUUCCCAUAAUACAUCGAGACAUCAGCAGCGCCAACGUGUUGCUAUGGAGACGAGAUGAGUGUUGGAGAGCCAAGCUGUCUGACUAUGGAUCGGCGAAUUUCAUGCGUCAAUGCAUGACAGUGAACCCAGGGGCAAUAAUCUAUUCUGCACCAGAGGCCCUCACUUCUCAACAGUCACCAAAGGUGGACGUGUACAGUUUUGGUUUACUGUUGUGUGAAAUGUGCGUCAGAGAACUACCAGUUCCUCAAGAGGUCCAUUGUCAGAUCAGCCAGGUAAGUAAUGGUGCCUUGCGGGGGCUCAUUGAGCAGUGCGUGAAGAGGGACCCUGAGGAACGCCCUAGCAUGAGUGACAUAAUAUAUGAGCUGGAACAACUUGUUCAAGCCGAAAGCAUUUGAUCCUUUGGGAGAACGUAAGGAGCAACGGCCAUAAUUACAAGAAAGAGAAUACCUAAACUAUUUAGAUCCAAAGCAACCAUACGGACCUUUGAUGAAAUCAUGUAUUUACCUUAUAGAAAUCCUAAUGAAACAAGGUACAUUAAUUGUAGUAACCUUGUAGAAACAUAACUUGUAGGAUACAAACCUCAAAGGAAUCCUUGAAACCUUCAUGUAAACACAAGGACAGAAAUUUCUAUGAACCUUGUCGAACUCAAGACUGAUACGUUAUAGAAGCUGUGUAAAAACACUUUAGAUUUGUACAGUGGGAACCUUGGAUUAAGUUUGUACGAACUCAGUGAGAACCAGUGGACUACUAUUGAGACCAUUUGGGUACCUUGUAGGAAAAUUGCAGGAGCCUUGAAAGAACCACAAACAGUCCUUUGUGCAUGUAGGAAUAAUUUACAUACUGUUUAGGAACUUAGUGAGAACCCAGUGGGAACCUUUAUAGAAACCUUGUAGAAACCUAACCGGAAUGCAAGUACCGUUUUAGUUCAAUAUAGGCGACAUAAGUAGAUGAAACAUAUUCGAAAUGUGCUUUCCAUGUACUAUGUUUCUGAGCUGUAAAAUUCAAAACACUGUACCACAAUACCCCACCCCAGCCAAUGUUGUGAUUCCAGCGACAGAUCAAAACGAAACGCCUCAUGUUUGGGGAGGGAAAGGGGAGAGGUGAAAAUAUGUAGAAUGUCGGGUGAAAUACCACGAAAUGGCAACGUUUGAACAUUGUUUUACCCUGUUGAAGAAGGAACCUUAAAGGAGUCCGUAGGGACGUGUCAGAAUACAAUGAAUCCAAUUGUGAGAAUUUAAAGUUGUGUCAAGGCCCUGAUUUAUGCAAUUCAGACUAGAAGCCUAUGCUUUAGGCUUGGCUUAUGUUGUAUGUCCACCAUUCUUUUUGUGGGAAACUUGUUCUCAGGAUCAGGAUUAGCUAUGCCGUGCUGAGGAGGCGUAAUCGAAAGCCAAAACAGCUGUCCAGGGCUGUUAAUGCUCUGGGGAUUGAGGGGGGAGGGGAGGGGGAAGAGUAUUUAAGGGUUAAAGGUCUUUGUUAUAAUCAUUGUCGCCUUGGUGCGCAUUCUGUAAAAGACUAUAACUUUGUUUAAAGGGCCUUCACGCAACAAAACCACUAUGCUGAUCAUAACCUUGGUAGAACUGAGAUGAAGAUUGAUUCUACUAAAACUAAGAAGGCUAUGUUAUUCUUUCUUUAGUGUUUUGCCAAUUUUAGGCGCAGGAAAUACUUGUGUUUUUCCUAUGUACGAUUUGACAUUAUCACUAUUUGUAAUAAUUAUUGGUUCUAUUUUUUGUCAAUUAGAAUUAUGAGUUAAGCUUUUAUUCUCGUGGCAGGGUGCUGUUAGACAGCGAAUGUGAGAACAAUUUACUUAACUUGUGCUGAACAUUUGAUACGGUUCUUGUAUAAUCAUAUUAUGUACAGAAAAUCGAAUGAAGGCUAGAGAAAUUCGAUUCUGUGAAAGUCAGUUAUCUUAGGUUGACAGUAGAACCCCGUUAAUUCGUUCAUCGACGGGCCACGAACAUCUGGUCGUAUUAAUUAUUAAGGGUAAAAUUAUAAAGGAUUACCGUGUACAGGUUGGGAUUUCAAAAUGUGGCCGUUGGCCGUCUUAUCGGGGAUUUCCUAUCAAAAACUGUAUGGGCGUUUCGCCGGAACAAAAGAGACUGACCGAAAUAACGACGUGACCGUAUUAACGUGGUGACCGUAAUUCGGGGCUCCACUGUAUUUAUAUUAAUUCCUAUAUACAAUUUAGCAUUAAACAAUGUGCAAUAACUAAUAGUUUUAUUUUUUUUUUUUCCAGUUACGAUUACGACUGAUGCUUCCGUAUACUUUAUUGCGGCUUGGUAUUUAAUUAGGGGUACAGCACCAAGGGUUUUCUCUCAAACACCUUAAAAUGCUACUUAUUUACGCUAUUAAGUAGCGCUAUAAAAUUGCUACCAGUUCGAUCGGUCAUUUUGUAGGGAACUUGAGUCUUCUCGAUUAUUUUUAGGACUUUCGUUUUGGUCCAUUUCCUGAAAAUCUACUCACCUUUCCAAAAAUCACAGUUGAUCGCUUUCGUGGUACCAAAAACGAAAUUUUUGUCAAUCCGGAAACAACAGGCAUUGAAUUUCUCAUACCACGAAAGUAGGAGGCGACAAUUCUCUACGGUUUUCGGAGAGGAUUAAAAUCCUUCUGAACAAAUAAUUUACCGAAACGAUCCGAGGGUGCCUCUGAUUAAAUAUCCGUUGUUUAUUUUAAAUUCCAGUUUAGUUUUGUCGUAUUAUCUUAAAUAAAUGAUUUUGCGCCUUUUGUGUAAUAUCCUGAAAGGAUACAAUAAAGGUUUCUUAUUUUAUCGUUACUUAUAGCAGGGUACUAACUGAUAGACCACGGAUAUGAUAAAUUAUAACCCAAGGAUUAAUUCUCCCGCGAUUUUAUUGGUAUUUUACGUCACGUGGUGCAAAAUUACAGAACGGGUAUUAAGCUUUUAUUAACCGAGCAGGAGGUCUGU